UAUGAAAGCCAUAUUAUUUAUAGCCUUAAUCCUUUGUUUUGCCAAUUGCAGUCUUGAAACUAUCGGACUCAGACACAAAUUGUCCCAAAUCAUUGAAGAACAUUAAUCAAGCUUGUAUGAUAAAUAAAUGUCAGGUGGAUGGAUCAAAGUAAUACAUUGUCUUAUUCCCUAGUAACCUUUGGAGGAAUUUGAACAAUAAAACAAUAAUAUUAUCACUUCCUCUUUAAAUGCUGUCGAAGAUAAAUAUCAGUUAUCUAAAGAUGGAUACACAUAUGAAAAGUUACUUCAAGUCACUACUCAAGUUGUCUCAGGAAUCAACUAUAAAGUUCUGGUCUAAUAUGCAAAGGAGGAUGCCAAAAGAGUUUUCGAAGUCAUACAAUAUGUUGUGUAAUUCAUUCCUUUAAAUUAGUCCCUGGAACCCAUCAGCCAAUUCAAUUACCAAAGUAGAAGAAAUCAGUUCAUCAAACUAAUGAAUAAGAAUUAUAAUAUAC